AGUCUUCGGAUAGGUACUGGUGACGCGUCUUAAACGUCAUCCCGCAGCGCCGGAAGUGGCGCGACGCGGAGGAGUAACGAGAACAGUAUCCGUCCCCGCCGACUUGAGAGUAAUGAUGCGGGUGUGCUGGUUGGUGAGGCAGGACAACUGGCACCAGCGAAUCAAACUUCCACAUUUGGAAAUAGUCGUGGUUGGGCGUGGCCCGGAGACUAAGAUCACUGACAAGAAAUGCUCACGACAGCAAGUGCAGUUGAAAGCUGAGUGUAACAAAGGAUAUGUCAAGGUAAAGCAGGUAGGGGUCAAUCCUACCAGCAUUGACUCAGUCAUAAUUGGGAAGGACCAAGAGGUGAAGCUGCAGCCUGGCCAGGUUCUCCACAUGGUGAAUGAACAUUAUCCAUAUAUUGUAGAGUUUGAGGAAGAGGCAAAGAACUCUGGCCUGGAAGCACAUAAGAAGAGAAGGAGGUCAGGCAGCUGUAAUUCUAUAGAAAGAGAAGCUGUCCAGGAAACUGGGCCCUGUGCAGGACUGGAACCUGGGAGCUACCCUAGUGAACAUGCUGUGCCCCCAAAGAAGGGAAAAGAUGCAUCUACCAAAAAGGAAUCAUUGGGCCACUGGAGUCAAGGCUUGAGGAUUUCUAUGCAGGACCCCAAAGUGCAGGUGUACAAAGAUGAGCAGGUGGUAGUGAUUAAGGAUAAAUACCCCAAGGCUCGUCACCACUGGCUUGUCUUACCAUGGGCCUCCAUUUCCAGUCUGAAGGCUGUGACCAGGGAACACCUGGAGCUUCUCAAACACAUGCACACUGUAGGGGAAAAGAUGAUUGCUGAUUUUGCUGGGUCCAGCAAACUCCGCUUCCGAUUGGGCUACCACGCCAUUCCCAGCAUGAGCCAUGUACACCUUCAUGUGAUCAGCCAGGAUUUUGAUUCUCCUUGCCUUAAAAACAAAAAACAUUGGAAUUCUUUCAAUACAGAAUACUUCCUAGAAUCACAAGCUGUGAUUGAGAUGGUACAAGAGGCUGGCAGAGUGACUGUCCGGGAUGGGAUGCCUGAGUUCUUGAAGCUGCCUCUCUGCUGUCAUGAGUGCCAUCAGUUGCUGCCUUCCAUUCCUCAGCUGAAAGAGCAUCUUGGGAAGCACUGGCCAAAGUGAUUCUGUGGAGCCUAAACUUCUGCAACAAGUAUGGCUGAUUGUUUAGAGCAAACUCCUGGCUCCUGUUCUGGAUUACUUUGAACUUUUACUUCUUGAAUUAAAACAUGCAGCUUUUUUUUUUUUU